AUGAGCGACCUGCAGCGGGCUUGGGCCAAGUCCAAGCUCGGCCUGGUGUCAGAGCCCUCUGCCGAGCUGGAGGAAGAAGGUGGUGAUGAGCACGUACCCGAGUUGCCAGAGUAUGUCGACGACGAUUCUUCAUCCGCCUCGUCCGUCUCCUCGGCAGGAACCAUUAUACCCAACCCAGGCCAGAAGCUGUUCGCUCGUCCCCAAGGCGUCGCUCGGGGCAGGACGCUAGAGCCGAUACCUUGGACAACCUACUUUGAACGUGAGCUCCAUUUGCGGUCCAGUGACCCUUCAGGGCCAGUCUUCCAUGCCUAUUUGACAUCCCCUUCGGGCAAGAGCCCCCUAUUUGUCAUGCACCAUGGAGCAGGCUCGUCAGGACUCUCGUUUGCGACUGUCAGCUCCGAGAUACGGAAGCGGCUACCGUCCGCUGGGAUCCUCGCCGUCGACAGCCGCGGCCACGGGUCCACAGCAUCAUCGUCCGAGAACCAAGCAGUGAAUUUGGGUCUUGCCACUUUGUCGGGCGAUCUCCUGGAUAUGAUCCAGGACACUAAAGUGCAGAUGGCUUGGCCGGAACUCCCGCCCAUCUUGCUGGUGGGCCAUUCACUGGGCGGUGCUGUUGUUACGGAUUUGGCGUACAGCGGGAAGCUGGGCUCGUCGUUGCUGGGAUAUGCCGUCUUUGACGUGGUGGAGGGUUCGGCCAUGGACGCGCUGCAAAGCAUGCAAACCUAUCUCUCCACAAGACCUGGCGGUUUCGCAAGCAUUGAGGCUGCCAUAGACUGGCAUUUGAGGUCACGCACGAUACGAAGCUCACUCUCGGCCAGGGCUUCUGUGCCUGCUCUUCUCAGGCGGGAGGAGACGGUCGAUGAUGCAUCGCGGCCCUGGAGGUGGCGCACUAAUAUCGCGGAUACUCAGCCCUUCUGGGAGGACUGGUUUGUGGGAUUGAGUAAAAAGUUUCUAGGUGCAAAGGGAGGAAAGCUACUGCUGCUGGCCGGGACCGACCGCCUGGAUACCGAGUUGACCAUCGGCCAGAUGCAAGGAAAGUACGCUCUACAGGUGUUUCCAGAAGCAGGCCACUUCAUCCACGAAGACAUGCCGGAACAGACUGCCAUCUCAUUGUGUGAUUUCUAUAGACGAAACGACCGGUCUGCGCUGGUGCUUCCGCCAAAGGUAUCCGACUUGCUGAAGCAAGGCAAGAAGGUGUGA